AUGCCCAAGUGUCUCUGCCCCUUAACUAAGGAUGCAGAUUAGAAGGCUCUGUGCACGACAGACCGCCACCUCCUGGUGGGGGAUCCCGCCGCAGACAACUGCCGUGCAGGAGCAUCUGGGGCCUCGACGCCCUGGGACUCACCCAAGCUCCGUCUACCCCAAGCUCUCCCUUUCCUACUGAAGGGUCAGGACCCCUGUAGGAGUCCCAGCUCACCCUGCAGCGUGCAUGCAGGGGUGCGGCCAGCUGUGCCCCGGCCCAGCUCCUUCCUGUUCGAGCUUGUGAUCUGGGGUCCCCUCAUCUCCUGGCUCUCUUUCCUCCUCCCCCGCCCCACCCCAGAGAUGAUCUGCAUACUCCCCAACAGAGGCAGUUUCCCCAUCUUCCUGGGGAUCCAGGGAGGCAGUCGUUGCCUGGCACGUGUGGAGGCAGGGGAGGGGCCUUCCCUGCAGCUGGAGGUGAGAGACCGCACCCUGUUUUGGGGGCCCCUGCAGACCUGGCCUGGCCUCCAGGGUGCUCUGCCAUCUCUGUGCUCAUCUGUGGGUUCUGGCCAGGUCCACACAUCCCUCCUGGUGAGGUUUCCACCCUCUUUCCCUGCACCCAGCACCCAGACCCUUGCCUCCAGAACCUUCAGAGGGCAAUUCCCUGGGGAAAGAGCCACCGUCUCAGGUCCCUUGUUGGCCAAGCCCCAGAGGCCUCGAGGGCUGACACGCAAUCAGCAAUCUUAUCCAACAGCCGCCUUCAGGCUGGAGGCUGCUUCCUGACCUGACUGGUUUCUCUGUGGCUCAGCUGAGCCCCAAGAGCCGGUACGACUCACCAAGGAGAGUGAGCCCUCAGCCUGCACUGAGCUCUACUUUGAACAGAGUCGGUAGAGAGGCAGGAAGCUGGGUUCCGGCCUGGCGCCCCCAAACCAAGCUCAUUCUGCUUGGGGUCUGUGGGAGGCAGAAUAAUAACGCCCCCCAAAGAUGUCCACAUCCUGGUCGCAGAACCUGUGAAUAUGUUACCUUACACGGCAGAAGGGACUUCACAAAUGUGAUUAAGGCUGGUCUAUCCUGUAGUAUCCCAGUGGGCCCAAGGUAAUCAAACACCAGUGUCCUCCUAUGAGGGAGGCGGGAGGCUGAGAGUCAGAGGGAGACUGGAAGAUGCUAUACCGCUUACUUUGAAGAUGGAGGAAGGGGCUGUGAGCCAAGGAAUGCAGGUGGUCCCUAGAAGCUGGAGAAGGGCAGGAAAUGGGUUCUCCCGUAGAGCCUCCAGGAGGAGCACAGCCAUGCCAACAACUUGACUUGAGCCCAGUGAAAACCAUUUCAGACUUCUGACCUCCAGAACUGUAAAAUAAUAAAUUUAUGUUGUUCUAA